UCGCUAGCAUGCUAGACGUUGCGCUCCGCUUCAAUUGUAAACAAAAAUUGUAGAGAAAUUCAAUAAAAUCGCGCGAGCCUUUGUUAUUGCAGUGUGGCAGUGUGUUUAAAUAACAGUAUUUUGUCGGUAGCUAGCRAACAGCUGAUAAUCGUUAAUUUUUCCCGCGCGCGGCGGGUGACAUAUUCAUACUUACACCAACAAYAAUUAUAAGAAGACCAGCAUGRCGUCCUUGAGUCAGCAGUGCAACCCGCGCGCCAAUGUCUUUCUAAUGGUUAAUUUGGGCUGCGAAAUGCUUUACGUGAUUGAUCAACGCCUGAAGGCGCAACAAAUUUGCGAGGAAAAGUCAACUCAAGCAUCACAAUUCGCAAUUACUUACCGUCGAUCAUUGUAAAUAUAUGCUUAAUGAUAUUGCCACCUCAUCAAUYAUGCGUCUCGACAAAAGUUCGAUGGAUAAAUUAUGGAAUCUCAUGACAAUGAUCUACAAAUGGCAACUUUUCAACUCGAAACAUCCACAAAAUUUACUCGAUAUAACUUUCAGACACUUGGACGCGAUUUGUCGUCUGCGACCCGAUGCACAACGCACAAUGUUGGUCGAUUUCACCAAGAAUGUGUUGCUCGAUUUUUGGAAUGUGUUGAGYGAUGACGGUCAAUGGGGCGUCUAUCAAACGAACAAAGCAUGGCUACAAUGUUUCAAUACGAAAAUAUCAUUACUCAUACGCCUCGGUUUCCAAAAUCUCGAUGGCACUUUUGUGCGUGCCAUGGAGGCAAGCUAUUAUAAGGAAUUCGUUGAUAGCAUCGGUGAGAAUGUGUAUGUGAAGAGUGUUGAAAUUGCCGAAGCACAGCGACAAGAGAACUGCAGCAGCACGCGUGCGACGACGAAGCAACAUGCCGAUCCGCUGGCGGAGCUUUUCAAUUUGCCACAAUCGGAUAGCGAAGAUCUGCAGCCGAUUGAUGCAAAUAAUUUUCAAAAGCAAUUCGAACAGAAUUUGCAACAGUGCAAUAUUUUAUUCUUCGAUUUGGAUGUGAAUGAAGCGACGACAACAAUUAGUAAAGGCGGGGACGAUACCAAAGAGGAGCUGUAUGCGAUUGAGAAAGAUUUAGAAACGGAGAAUGACUUCGUUGGCGCUUUUGGUAAUAGUGAGAUAUUACCCGAUUCUUCGACGAUUUUGUCGACGACAAAGCGACGAGCGCAAGGCGAGUUUGUGCAAUUGCCGGCGACGUAUAAUCGUAAUGCGGAUGCUGGGCGCGCCGGCGCUUUGGGUCUAAAUCGAGAUUUGCUCGAUUUAUAUAGUCAAAUACUUUAAAUUGACGAGCAUAAGGAGGGCGCAAUAAAUGGUUUCAGCAGGCGCAUAUAUUUGUAUCUAUGCAUACUAUUAGGGUGKGCAUAAAACAUUAAUUUUUUCGUUAGAUACCGUGUAGAUUUAUCCUGGAUAAUAAUAUAUGAAAAAUUUUGUAAAGAUCGUUGCUCAAAUGAACAGAUUUUUCAUACAAGAAUUGGAUUUGGAUCGUUCAGUUUGUAUGACAGCUAUAUGCUAUAGUUGUUCGAUCUAAGCAAAUUCUUCAGAUAUUAUGCCGUUGCUUUAGACAAUAACCCAUGCCGAAUUUCAUGAAGAUAUCUUCUACGAUGAAAAAUUUUCUCAUACAAAAACUUUAUUUUGAUCAUUCAGUU